GUUUUAAAAUAGAUAUUCCGACAUAAACAGCAUCAUGAUAUAAAUACUUGACUUUUUUUAGUUUCUUUCUUUCCUUUUUUCAUCUUUAUUCAACUUGUUAACAAUGGCAUUUCUCUUGAGACGUUUACCAUCUACCACCCGCCCUUUGACUUCGGUUCCUUUUAAUCGUGUUGUCCUUCCAUCUGUUGCUAGAUAUAUGACUACAGCUGCUACUCAAGCUGCUUGUCAUCCAGAUGAACCUUCUUUCUUACAAUCCGUUGAGAAAUACUACGAUCACGCUGCUAACUUGAGUGAAGUUCAACCUCACACACUUGCUCACCUUCGUGCUGUUGACAGCGUUCUUCGCGUUACCUUUCCUAUCGAGGUAGAAAGCGGAAAAUAUGAAGUGAUUGAAGGCUACCGUGCUCAACACUCUCGUCAUCGCUUGCCUGUUAAGGGUGGUAUUCGUUUCUCUGAAGAAGUGGAUUUGCAAGAAGUUGAAGCAUUGGCUUCCCUUAUGACUUACAAAUGUGCUGUCGUUGAUGUUCCUUUCGGUGGCGCUAAGGGUGGUAUCAAAAUUGAUCCCAAGAAGUAUACUGCAGAGCAGUUGGAAAGAAUUACUCGUCGCUAUACUAUGGAAUUAUGCCAAAAGAAAUUUAUUGGUCCUGGUCUCGAUGUUCCUGCCCCUGAUGUAGGCACUGGUCCUCGUGAAAUGGCUUGGAUUAUGGACACCUAUGCUCAAUUCAAUGUAGGCGAUGUUAACGCUGCUGGUUGUGUUACUGGUAAACCUUUGUCUAUGGGUGGUGUUCGCGGUCGUACAGAAGCUACAGGUUUAGGUGUUGUGUAUGCCGUUCGUGAAUUCAUCAGUUACCCAGAAGUCCAAAAAAAGACUGGUGUUAGUGGUAACAUGGCUGACAAUACAGUUAUUAUCCAAGGUUUUGGUAACGUUGGCUACCAUGCUGCCAAGUUCUUUGAAGAAAAUGGUGCCAAGAUUGUUGGUGUUGGUGAAAGAGAUUGUUCCAUCUAUGAUCCCAAUGGACUAAACGUUGAAGAACUAUUCAAAUACCAUCGUGCCAACCAAACAUUCCGUGGUUAUUCCAGCAUUGCUCAAAUUUUUGAUGAGCCAACAAAGAUUUUGGAAGCUGAAUGUGAUAUUCUCAUCCCUGCUGCUCUUGAACGUCAAAUCGGGUUGCGCAAUGUUAGAAACAUUAAGGCAAAGGUUAUUGGUGAAGGUGCUAAUGGACCUGUCACUCCUGCUGCUCAUGAAAUUCUUGAAAAGUCAGGCAAGGUUGUUCUUCCUGAUUUGCUUUUGAACGCUGGUGGUGUUACUGUUUCUUACUUUGAAUGGCUCAAGAACUUAUCUCAUGUUAGAUUUGGUCGCAUGAAUAAGAAGUGGGAUGAACGUGCUCGUUCUAAAGUUGUUGCCCUUGUUGAGGAAAAUGCCGGCCGCGCUUUGACUGAGGCUGAACGUAAGGCCAUUGUGCAUGGUGCUGAAGAAGCUGAUUUGGUUUACUCUGGUCUUGAGGAUACUAUGAUUCAAGCUUGUCAAGAAACUAGACAAACGGCUGAAAUCAAGAAUGUUGAUUUCAGAACCGCUGCAUAUAUCAAUGCCAUUCAAAAGAUUGCUACUGUCUAUGAAGGUUCUGGUAUGCUCUUCAUGCAUUAAACAUUUAGAUUAUUUAUUCUUCUCUUAUUUUUGUAUUAUCCAUUCUUUCAUAUUAAUAUAUCACGUCUUUUUUACUCUAA